GCAGCGGCCAUUUUCUCCUCACACCUCCGUUUCAAAGACAGCCAACCAGCUCUCGGACUACAAAACAGUUUCAUUCAGAAACUCCUCAAACUAAAACUCCCGAACGCUUCCGGAGAUCCGUUCCAAGCGCGACUCGGAGGCCGCUGCGUACACCGGGCCGAAGUUGAACUCGGAGGAGUGUUUAUUUGAGCUGAAGUGGCUGUCUAAGCGUGAAGCGAUAUGGCGACCGCAACCCCGAGCCGCGAGAAGAGCCGCGCGUCGGCCGCGCAGACCCCGCUGAGCCCCGCGCGCAUCUCGCGCCUGCAGGAGAAAGAGGAGCUGAGCGCGCUCAACGACCGCCUGGCCGUCUACAUCGACCGCGUGCGCUCCCUCGAGCUCGAGAACGACCGGCUGCUCGUCAAAGUCUCCGAGAAGGAGGAAGUCACGACCCGAGAGGUGUCUGGGAUCAAGGCUCUGUACGAGGCCGAGCUCGCGGACGCCAGGCGUGUUCUUGACGAAACGGCGCGGGAACGAGCCAAACUUCAGAUCAAUCUGGGAAAAGCCAGCUCUGAGCUCGAGGAGGUCACCCGCAACUAUAAGAAGAAGGAUGGAGACCUUGCUCUGGCUCAGGCUCGGAUCAAGGAGCUGGAAGCGCAGCUCAACAAGAAAGAGGCGUCUCUGAACACGGCUCUCAGCGAGAACAAGUCUCUCUCCGCAGACCUCGCCGACCUGAAGGCUCAGCUGGCCAAAGCUGAAGACGCUCACGGCGUGGCCAAGAAACAGCUGGAGGCGGAGACCCUGAUGAGGGUGGAUCUGGAGAACCGCUGCCAGAGUCUGAUCGAGGAGCUGGAGUUCAGGAAGAACAUGUUUGAGGAGGAGAUGCGUGAGACCCGUCAUCGGCGUGAGAAGCGUACGGUGGAGGUGGACUCGGGCUUGCAGCAGGACUACGAGUUCAAGCUGGCGCAGGCGCUGCAGGAUCUGCGCAGACAGCACGAGGAGCAGGUGCAGAUCUACAAGGACGAGCUGCAGCAGACCUUCAGGGCCAAGCUGGAUAACGCCAAGGUGUCGUCGGACAUGAACGAUAAGGCAGUGCUCACGGCCCGUGAGGAGCUGCAGGAAGCACACAUGAGGAUCGAGGGCCUGAGCUAUCAGCUCAGUGCUCUGCAGAAGCAGGCGUCUGCCGCCGAGGAGCGCAUCCGCGAGCUGGAGAACAUGCUGUCCAGCGACCGGGACAAGUACCGCCGACAGCUGGACGCCAAGGAGCGUGAGAUGGCCGAGCUGAGGGAGGUCAUGCAGCAGCAGCUCAACGAGUACCAGGAGCUGCUGGACGUCAAACUGGCCCUGGACAUGGAGAUCAACGCCUACAGGAAGCUGCUGGAGGGCGAGGAGGACCGGCUGAAGUUGUCCCCCAGCCCGUCCUCUCGGGUCACGGUGUCCCGCAGCACAGCGAGCAGCACCUCGAUGUCUUCACGUAGCACCCGUGCCAAGAGAAAGCGCGUGGAGCUGGAGGAGGGGUCCAUCGUGGCUCCUAAAGUGCAGAUCAGUCAGGAGGCCGAGGCCACGGGCAGCGUCAGUGUGGAGGAGAUCGACCUGGAGGGGAAGUCCGUGACCCUCAGGAACAACUCUGACAAGGAUCAAUCUUUGGGCAGUUGGCGACUAAAGAGACAAAUUGCCGAUGGAGAGGAAAUAGUCUAUAAAUUCAGUCCCAAGUUUGUUUUGAAGGCCGGCCAGACGGUGACGGUGUGGAGCGCCGAUGCCGGCGUGUCCCACAGUCCUCCUUCAGACCUGCUGUGGAAGAGCCAGAGCUCCUGGGGCACCGGAGAGAAGAUCCUCACCUUGCUGGUUAAUUCCAGCGGAGAGGAAGUGGCGAAGCGAACCGUCACGAAAAGCGUGAUCGAAAUGGAGAACGGCGACGAUGAGGAGGCAGACUUCGGAGAAGAAGAUCUCUUCCAUCAGAAGGGCGAUCCAAGGAGACCCAGAGAAUGUGCCGUCAUGUGAUGGAGCCGCACACCUUUAGUAUCUUCCUUCCCACCAUUCAGUCUUUUUUUUUUAUUUUUUGUAGAGCCACUACUUUUGUAUUCUUCAAAUCAUGAGUUCAUAAUGCCCCUCCCUCCAUCCUUUAUUUGUACGGACCUCAAUUGUAAAGCCAGUUAAUCUUGAGCUGCGAUGCUAUUUCGACAUCCCAUUACGUACCGUUGGCGAAUGCCAUCCGAGAAUGAGUCAACCGGCCAGAAAUCAGAGAGUAUUUGUGCGAGCCGGUGACUAACGAAUCUGCAUAUUCACGUCAAUGAAUCAUGCACUUUCUGAUCACCGUGGGGUUAUGAAUGGGGAAUUAUUAUUGUUCUGUAGUGCACUAUAGCCCGUAACUGACAGCUGUGCUUAGCGUACAUUGUUUUUGUGCUUCGCCAACCAGAUGAACAGGGUGGAAACUAAGCUAGAUUGUUCUAAAUGACCGUCUAAACGUCAUGUUUUGAUUCAUGCUUUACAUAGUAUUAUGUAUGUUUGAAUCAGAGAGCCAUUUUUGAGAUCCCUGCUCAACCUAAAUACAUAACACACACAAAUGUUAACCAGAAUGGUGCUUUCUGAUGAGUACAAUGUAAAAAGACUUUGAGAAGCUACUCAAUUCAGUAUUCAAAGGAGUUUGAGUUCAUUUAAAUAGUCAAAACAUUUUCAGUUUAUUCAAAUAUUCAGUUUGAAUGUAGUGUUGAAUGUUAAAUUUGAAUGAAUUUAGCAUGCGAAAAAAGAUUCUGCAUUGAAAUUGCAUCUGAAUUUUACAAAAGCACAGAUGCUUGUGCAGAUUAACCAAAGAAAUGGACGACGAAUGAAACCAAUUUGACUUCUCAAAUUUCCCUUUAGUUCAUGCUUGCUUUGUGCAAUUUGCAAACAUGAGACUGAAUAAACUAAAUCCUUUUAGUUGUCGAAUCCAGUGAGUAAUCUGCAUCCAUCCACCCUGUCGAUUCUGUUGCAUUUUACGUUUUAAAACUCUUACUUUUUAUUUUAAAUGUUUCUCAGACCAUUAUGCAUGCAGAUAAUAUUUUUUAUAAGAAACUGAUCUGAGCUCUAGGGUUGACGUUUAAAUUUUUCAGACAACCUGCGUAAAACUGUAGUUUGUUUUUUUUAGCUACAAUCGUAUAUUUUUGAUGGUUUUUUCCUCAGGAUUUUUAAAACCCUAGUUCACAAGAAUCUUAUUAAAUGCAUUUAAAAUUUACAUUAUACGUCUUAUAAAUUUGUGAAUAUAUACAAUGCAGUGUGUAGAA